AUUCAAUUGUUGUUGUUGUUGUUAUUGCAUGCAACACAAAUCAAUUGUGAUUAUUAUUAUUCUGAUCUAAGUGAAUGUAAUUUUAAAACACGUGAUUGUAAUUGGACAUUAUCAAAUGGUUGGCAAUGGCAACUUGUUCAACAUGAUUAUCGAUCAUUACAAUUAAAUUCAACACCAUAUUCACAAGAUAGUGGUUAUGAAAUAGAAAAUCAUCUAACCAAAAAUGAAUUUAUACGUUCACCGGACUUUAGUUAUAAAUCAUCAUCGACAAAUCAAUUUUGUUUUGAUUUUGAUUAUUAUUUUAUGGACGAUGGUCGUAAUGUUGAUAAAAAUAGUUUUGUUUUACAUCUUAGUGAAGAUAUGGGUAGUUUGGCUACAAGUUAUCCAAUAUGGACAACAUCGAUGCUUUAUGGUGAUUUUUGGCAUCAUUCUUAUGUUAAUUUCCAACUAUCAUCAUCAUCAUCAUCAUCAUUUCGAUUGAAAUUUAUUGCAUACAGUGAUGGUGGUUUAGUUGCCCUAAAAAAUUUUCAUCUUACACAUGAACAAUGUCCACAAAGUGGUAAUAUUUGUGAUUUUGAAACCAAUAAUUGUGAUUGGCAAUUAUCAAGUGGUGGCGGUAUUACACUCAAACGAACAAUGGCCAAGAAUACUGAAUCACCAAAAAAUAUUGAUCAUACAACAUUAUCACCUAAUGGCUAUGUUUUAUUUGCAAAUUCGAAUCCUAGAUCCGAUCCAAUAGCCAAUAUAACUAGUCCAACUUUAGAUAAAUCAUUGGGACGACAAUGUUUUCAAUUUUGGCUUUUGAUAUAUGGUGCUGUUGAUCAUGUAUCAGAUUUAUCAUUAUAUCAACAAUCUAAAUACAAUAAUCAAGCAAAACAAGUUUGGAAAUUACAUGCUACACAACAAAUGGCUAAUGAAUGGAAUCGUUUUCAAGUUGAAUUAGAUUUAACACAAGCAAUAUCUUCAACUAUUGAAUUUCGUUUAAAAUAUAGUGGUCAUGGUUCAUUGAAAUUUGAUGAUUUCCGUUGGACACCAUAUCGGUGUUUGCCUGAAAUUUCCUGUAAUUUCAUAAUGGAUACAUGUGGUUGGAAAAAUUAUUUAAAUGAUGAUGAUCGAUUCAUGUGGAGUAACGGAAUGGGACGUGUACAUGAUGUAACAAAAUUAACAUUUUUGAAUUCAACGAAAAAUUUCUUCUAUCAUUAUUUGCCAUUAUUAUAUACAGAUUUUACAACAUUAUCAAAUGGUAAAGUUGGCCGAAUGCAAUUAAUCAGUGAAAUUGUUGAAAAUGGUGUACCAAAAUCUGGUGCUUGUAUACGAAUGAAUUAUGAAGUAUGGUCAUUUGAUAGUGAUACAGAUAUAUUUGCCAUUUAUUAUCAAACAUUCUGGGGAAGAUCUGCAACUAGCACAAAACAAAUUUGGAAAUUUAAUUCAAAAAAUCGUGGCAAUGAUUAUGUAGAAAUUUAUAUACCAUACAGCAAUGGUGAAAUAUUUCGUUUGAUUUUAGAAGCAAAAUCGUCACAUUCAUCAACAUAUAUUACCGUUGAUGAUAUUCAUUACGAAACAAAAUUUUUCCAAUGUGGUACAAAAACUGAACCUACAUCAUCUAGUACAUCGUCGACGACAACACCGAUUCCAACUCUACCACCAAAAGAAUCAUUAAAUUGUAAUUUUGAAAAUGGAAAUUUUUGCUUAUGGCAUCAAGUAUCAACAUAUUUUCGUAUAUCGAUAGCUAAUGAUACUAAAUACGCAAUUUUUGCUGAUCACACAACAAAAAAUUCUGAUGGACAUUUUGCUGCUUUGAACAUGAUCCAACAAUAUCAAUCAAAACCGAUACCAUUGAUGAAAGUAAAAAAUCCAUUUGAAAAAGGUGAAACAUUUUGUUUUCAAUUUUAUCUAUAUGCCGAUGCAAGUGCUCAGUCACAAUUAGAAUUAAUAUUGCAAAAUGAUUCGAAAAAUCACACAUUAUUUCGUGGAUAUGAUACAAAUGCAUUGAAAUGGCGUCGUAUUAUGAUUGAAUAUCAACUAGAUGACGAUUAUGAUUCAUUCAUAUUUAGUGGCAAAGUUCGAUAUGGCAUUAUUGCAAUCGAUGAUAUUACCGUCAUUGAAUCAAGCUGUGAUUAUCUUACACAUAAUCAUGAUUUUUGUGAUUUUGAAAUGGAUAGCAUGUGUAUGUUUGAAACGGUUUAUAAUGAAUUUGGUGAAUAUUGGCGAAUAAUUAAAGCAUCAUCAAUACGACGAACAAUGAUUGAUCAUACGACACAUACAUUGAAUGGACAUUUUUUUGGUUUUAUUACCUAUAAUAAUCAUACUGAUGAUAAAUCAUUGCCAUCACAUUCUAUAUCUGUUCGAACGAAAAAUUUAAAUCAUCAUUAUCCAUAUUGUAUACGUUUUUCAUAUUAUCUUACCGAUAAUAUGACAUUAUAUUAUCAAACAUCAUCAUUUUUUGAUGUUGCCAUUUGGCAUGUAUCCGGUACAACCAAUGGUAAUUGGUUUACACAUCAACAUAAUUUGGAUCCUGAAUCAGUGUUUAAUGCUGAUUAUUAUCUAAAAUUUAGAAUCAAAAAUAACGAUAAUGGAAUAAACAAAACAGGUAUGGCAUUCAUAGAUGAUGUUACCAUUUAUCCGGGUAAAUGUAUUCCAUCAAUUCGUUGUGAUUUUGAAAAUGGUGAUACUUGUACAUUAGAAGCAAUAUUACCUACUGAUGAUAAAAUUAAUCCAGAUCAAUCAUUAGAAUUAGCAACAAGAGCCAAUUAUUCAUUGCUUGAUGCCAAUUAUUUGAAUGGAUUUGUCGAUCGAUUGUGGCAUGUAUAUUCACCAUUACAAAGAAAAUCAAAUUUAGUAUCAUUUGAUCAUACUAAAGGUGAUCGUUAUGGAAAAUAUCUAGUCAUCUUUUUAGAACGUGGUUGGCGUGGUAUUAUUGUCACUGAACGUUAUUCAUUAUCCAGCAGACAACGAUCAUUAUGUUUAACAAUGGCUAUUUAUUCAAUCGAUUCGGCAAUUCUUGAAAUCUAUCAAGGUGAUUCAUCUAUUCCAGAUAAAGGAAUGAAACUAUGGGAUAUCGCUUAUAAUACUGAUGGAUGGGAAGAAUUCGAAAUUGUUGUCAACGCUUUGAAUGAAACAACCGAAGACAUAUUCUUUUAUUUUGUUGCAACUGGAACAAUUAUUGCUGAAACUUAUAUUGCAAUCGAUGAUUUUGAAAUUAAAAAUCAUUGUACAAAUCCAUCGAAUAUUGUCACAAGUACAACCAAUUCAAAUCCAUCAUCAUUAUCGACACCUAUACCAGAUGGUUAUUUUGAUUGUCAAACCGAUGGAGAGCAAUCAUUGAUACCAAUGAAAAAAGUUUGUGAUUAUCAUCAAGAUUGUCCGAAUAAUAUGGAUGAAAAAUAUUGUGGUGCAUGUACGUUUGAAAUGCAUGAUCAAUGUCGAUAUUCGAUUAUACCGAAAAAUGAUGAUAAUCGUUUGUUUCGAUUUCGUUUCACUGAUCAAGCACCUUAUGGUCCAAAUGAUGAUUAUUUCAGAUCAUCGAUAACAGCAAGUGGUAUUGCUCAGAAUAACUAUCAAGAAACAAAAAUCAUUUCACCACUUAUUCAUCAAGCAUAUACUGCUUGUGAAUUACAAUUCUAUUAUCGAUUUUUUUCGAAUCUUACAAAUUUCAACCGAGGUCAUCAUCAACCAUCCGUGUUCAAUAUUUACAUCUAUCUAGAUGAAACAGGUAUACGUACUAAAAUAUGGCAAAGUUCAGCCAUAGAAUCAUUGUCGGAAAAUGAAUGGAAUGGAAUCGUUAUACAAUUGAAUCGAAUUAGACACCCAUUUUAUUUGGAAUUUCAAGCACAUCCAAUGGCAACAUAUGGUUAUCAUUCAUUAAGUGAUAUUCGCAAUGAUUAUUGUGGACCACCAAGACCAGCUGAAGAUGACGAAGAAUGUGAAGAUCGAUUUCGUUGUCAAAAUGGUGUCUGUAUAUACAAACAAUUUAUUUGUGAUUUUGAAGAUGAUUGUGGUGAUAAUUCGGAUGAAAAUAUGUGUGAUCCAAAUUUACGUUUCAGUUUUGAAAAUGGUUAUCAAAAUUGGGCCGAAUUAUAUCUACCACAUACAAAUAAUUGGACAUUACAAAAAGCAGAUAAUUUGGGUGAUUUACGUAAUGGUCCUACAUUCGAUCAUACUACCGGUUUUGUUGGUGGUUCUUAUCUGUUCACACAAUCUACAAAAUAUAUACCAGUUUCUCAUGCAAUAAUCGAUAGUCCAGCAUUUCAAGUGACUCAUGGUUAUGGUGGUUGUGUGUUACGAAUUUUUAUUAUGAAAAAUUCACGUAAUUCUACCAUUUGGUUUAAAUCAUGGAAUAUGCAAACUGGUCAGAUAAAAACAUUGAGUGAAUAUGUUAAUUAUCGAGAUCUUGCAUUUUGGUCACAAUGGGUUAUCUUACGUUCUGAAUCUUCAAAUUCAACAUAUAAAUUAUUGAUUGAAGCAUCAUUAAAUCGUACUGAUGAUAAUUUUGUUGAUCCAUACAUCGCUAUUGAUGAUAUUAUAUUCCAUGAAGGCUGUACAUUAAUAGACCAUUCAUUCAACAAUGUAACAACGGAAAAACCGUGCAUUGGAUUGCUUUGUAUCGAUAAACAUGGCCAAAAAAUAUGUUUACCUGAACAUAAUAUUUGUGAUUAUAUUGAACAAUGUAAAAAUGGUGAAGAUGAACAACAAUGUGGUGAUUGUGAUUUUAAUAAUCAAACAAUGUGUGGAUGGAAAGUUGGUAAUAUGGCUGGUGAUAAUUUUCCAUAUAAAUUAUUUAUGGCCAAAAAUGCACCUGGAAAUAUGCCAAAAAAAGAUGCCAACAAUACUGCCGAUGGUGGAUAUGUGGGCGCAAUGAGACGUGCAGUAAUGACAUCAAGAUUUUCAAUUCAAUCAAGCAUAACAAGUCCACAAAUUAAUGGCCAAACAUCGGCCAGAUGUUCUAUAGAAUUUUCAUAUCGAUCCAAUAUGUGUACAACGAUAGUUAUUUCUGCUAAUAAUCGUUUAUUACGUUCAAUAACAGGUACACACAACGAUUGGGUGACAUUCCAUACAGACAUUGGACAAUUACCACCACCAAUUAAUAUUUUUAUCAAUACGAAAACAUUCUAUUCAUCAGAAAACAUUCUGUCCAAUCAUUUAUUUACUAUUGGUGAUUAUUAUAUGCUCAUCGAUAAUAUACGAAUGAUUGAUUGUCAUCAUGAUAAUAAUAACGAUACCAAACCUAUACACGUUGAAGAUUUAGAUUGUGAUUUUGAAAAUGAUUGGUGUGGUUGGAUUGUUCCUGGAUCGAAUGCUCAUGAUACAUGGAUACGAACCAAUUCUCCAUUAAAUGAACCUGGUAAUGAUCAUACAGAAUUGAUUGUACCACGACCACAUAAUUAUGGUAAUUGGCUUAGUACACAUUCAACAAGUGAAAAAAUAUCUAAAAAUCAAAUACGUAGUUCAGGACCAAUUAAAACGAAUGGUAAAGAAAAAUUUUGUCUGAUAUUUUGGUAUUAUUUUUUUGGCAUACAACAAUCAACAUUUCGUAUAUUUAUUCACAAUAUUCAAGAACGUUGGAAUCUAACAAUUUGGAAGCGAACAUUACCGAAAAUUCGAUACUGGCAACAGGCAAAUGUUGAAUUUGAAAUAGAUUCAGAAUUUUUAAUAUUUUUAGAAGCCGAUGUAUCAUUGACAACAAUUGUCGGUAUUGAUGAUAUACAAUUGUUGGAUAAAGAAUGUCCAAUUUUAAAUUAUGAAUAUUGUGAUUUUGAAACAAAUGAUUGUGAUUGGGAUGUAAGCCCAAAAGAUCAACUAAAACGUACUGGUGGCAGCAUAAUACGUGAUCAUACCACCGAAACAUUGUAUGGACAUUAUCUUACGGAUAAAACACAAAAUGUUGGAUCAAAAGUUUCACUUUAUAAACGAAUGGCAAAUGUUCCAUUUUUCAUUACCAACAAUCAAGAUGUGAGAGAAUUUUGUUUCAAUCUUUAUUAUUAUUUCCAUGUCUCUCCACCACCAAUUGAUCAAAAAAGUACAAUUUCAGUAGAAGUUUUUCGUGGAAAUUUUAUUCAAAAAUUAAAGAAUAUAACAAUCACUGAAGCUUGGAAUCAAAAAUCAUUAAAUAUAUGGUCAUUGAUGAGCAUAGAUUUUCUGGCCACUAAAACAGAUUCAUUAAUUGUUCGUGUUGAACGUGGUGAUCAACAAACGGAAAUUCUUUUGGAUGAUUUCAUUCUAAGACCAGAUCGAUGCACGGAACAAGGUUCAUGUGAUUUUGAAUACAACAUGUGUGGAUGGCAUAAUCAAUUGGCAUUAUAUGAUACAAGUUCAAUUUUCUGGGUUCGAAUUCAACCAACGAAUCGUUUUGCACGAAAAGAUGGAAUGUCUUUUGAUCAUACAUUACAAUCUCGUCUUGGUAAUUAUCUUGCAUUACCUGUUCAAAUGCAUUCCCGAAUAAACAAAACCGUCACAUUGAUUAGUCCAUAUAUGCAAAGAAAACAAUCAUCAACAAUUUGUUUACAAUUGUAUUAUUUUGCAACAAGUUUAUCGGCAAAAUUCGGUAUCAUUGCUAUGAAAAUUCAAAUGUGGAAUCUUGAAAAUGGUGAAGUAAUUGCAGAAUAUCCAUUGAAUGCAACAUAUACUUUGGAAUGGACUUUAUUUGAACAAACAUUCAAUAAUGUACCAAAUGUUUAUUCAUUCCAUAUUGUCGUAUCGAAUGUUCUACGUAUUUAUAGUGAUAUUGGUAUCGAUGAUAUUAGCAUUCAACAAGGAUCAUGUCCAAAUCCAACAUCAUCAACAAUAACAACGGUUUCACAUCCAACAACACAGAUUCCUGAUAGUGACAAAAUUGCCGAUUGUAAUUUCGAACGUAAUUGUAGUUGGACCUAUUCAUCCGAUGCUUGGAAUAUAACAUCAUUCCGUUAUGAAAUGAUGCGUAAUGUUUACGCCCCACAAAAAGAUCAUACCUAUACAUCAAGCUAUGGUCAUUAUCUUUUUUUCAUCGAUCCAUCGGCCACUAAUGAUAAGGAAUAUGUAUUACGUUCGCCUUCAUUCCCAAAUGACAAAUAUCGUUGUCUAUUACUAUGGUAUUACAAUGACGGUGAAGAUCCAUUUUAUCUUGAUUUUUAUCAAGUGGUAAAUUUAGGUCAAAUUACACAUUUUAAACUUGCCGGCAGAUAUGGUUCGACAAUGGAAACACGUCGUUGGCAAUUGGUUAAAAUUGAUUUACCAUAUAUUCCGAAAAAUCAUGUAUUGAAUAUGAAUAUUCAAAUUACUUAUCGACCAUCAUCAAAGAAAUUUUUCUCAAUAUUUGCUAUCGAUGAUAUUACAGUACAACCAAAAUAUUGUGGCCAUUAUCAUGAUUAUGUCUAUACAUUCACCAAAGGAAUUGAAGAUUUAGAAAUUGAACAAUUACAACCAUUGAAUUCAACUAAAAUGGCUUGCCGUAUUUAUCCAAAUAAAAAGGACCAUUUUACCGAUGUACCUGCUAUCGAUCAUACGACAUACACAUCGAAUGGUUAUUAUUUUCUUUUCAAAAAUUCUCCAUCAAAUAAUGAUAUCAAUACAGCUGAAUAUUAUGUUGAUACAUUACAAAUGCGUCAAUUACCACAACAAUAUGGUGGCUACAAAUUUUGUGUUCGUUUUGCUUACCAAUCUCGUGGUGAACCAUAUUUUCUAAUCUAUCUUUUACCAAAUAAUAUGCCAUUACGUGGUGAUUGGCGAUUUUCACCACCAAUUUGGCAACAACAAUAUCCAAAAUCAUUCUGGACUAUUGAAGAAUUUAAUGUUGGUGUUGAUUUUGUUUCGAAAUUGAUAUUCUAUAUGUCCAAAGAAUCUCAUCAGGAUGGUUUCAUUGCAUUGGAUGAUAUUACCAUACUAUCGAAUCCAUGUACUGCACCUAUUGAUUGUGAUUUUAAUUCGGGCCGUUAUUGUACAUAUACAACGUAUCCUGAUUCAGAUGUCAAUUAUCAUUUUGAAGUAUUUCAAACACCUGCAAUCGAUCUUGAAUGGCCAGGACCAACAUAUGAUCAUACUAUUCAAGGUAAUGGUGGUGGUUAUCUAUUUCUGACUGAUUAUCGUGCCGGUAAACAUAGUGACCAAUUACAUGCAAAAAUUGUUUCUGGUGCAAGAAAAAUUCUACAUGAAAAUGUUCCAUGGUGUUUGCAAAUAUGGACAGUAAUCAAUAGUUAUGAUGCUCGACUUGCUAUAUCAAUCAUACGUUAUGGACCAAAAUGGAUGGAUUCAAAUCGAACAAUUUUGGCAUUUGAAAUGAAAAAUGUUCAACAACUUGAUUGGACACGAAUAUUAUAUACACUGAAUGAAUCGAUUCUUGUCGGCACACAUGAAAUUCAGAUAUUGAUCGAAGGAACAUUAGGUUCAAAUCAAAUGUCAUCUGUUGCUAUCGAUGACAUUAUGAUUAGUGAAGGUCAAUGCGAUAACAAAGGAUUACUUUGUGAAAAUGGUAUAACAAUCGAUGCUGAUCGAAUCUGUAAUUUCAUCAAUGAUUGUCCAAGCGGUUUGGAUGAAUUGAAUUGUGGUGAUUGUAAUUUCGAAUUCGAUAUGUGUGGAUGGAUGAAUACGGCAAAAAUCGAAGGAAUAAAUCUACCAUGGCAACGUGUAAAAGUGAAUGAAUUACAAUUGAUUAAUUCUCAGGCGCCAAAAAUGGAUGGUUCAGCUAAAACGGAUGGCCAUUUUGUUAUAAUGCGACCACAUGGACCGUUAGAAUCACCGGAAGGUCAUUCCGAAAUGGCCAGCAAUUAUCAAACACCACGAUUAUAUAUGAGAGAAUCAUUUAAAACAUGUGAACUUCAUUUUGAUUUUUAUCUACAUACGCUGGCAGAUUAUUAUCUGAAAAUAAGUUUUAGCCAUGAACCAUCCGAAUUGGCUACAUUCUAUACAUUGACAAAUGAAGCUCAAGGUGGUUGGCGUCGAGCAAUAGCGAUGGUUGGUCAAGUUUUAACGCCAUUUUUCAUUGAAUUUGAUGCCUAUCAACAACGAAUCAAUCCAUCGACCACUGUGUUUGCUUUGGAUAAUAUAAAAUUUGUAAAUUGUUCAAGGCCAAAACCAUUACCAGCAAAUCAUAUAUGUCCUAAUCAAGGAAUACUUUGUAAUCGAACACGAAUAUGUAUUACAAUGGAUGAUAUCUGUGAUAAUGUUAAUGAUUGUGGCGAUAUGGAUGAUGAACGAAAUUGUUAUCGUUAUCAUUUAUGUUCAUUUGAUUCAUUUAUCGAUUGUGAUCUCACUACAACUAACAAUAAUCAAACACGUGUUUUUGGAAAUUAUCAAAUGGAAUCGAAUAUCGAUCUGAUCGACAAAUUGGCUAUGAACCAACGAACUGCAUAUGGAAAUUAUUUUCUAUUAGUACCGAAACCUGCUUGGGAUCAACCAUUGAUUCAUGCCGAUUUUUAUACACCCAUAUUUCGAACCAAAAAUUUGAAUUCCAAUUGUCAUUUUCGUUUCUUUUGGUAUAUGCACUCUGAUAUUGAUAACAUUUCUAUGGAACGUUUAGAAGUAUAUGUACAGGAAUUAGAUGAUAAUAUGAAAAAUGUUACCUCUCCAUUAAUAUCGAAAUUAUUCAUACGUGGUCGUUAUGAUCGGCAACAACGUUGGAACAAACAAGUUGUAUUGCAUAAAUCUAAACGGCCAUUUCAAUUUAUCAUACGUGGUAUAUUGAAUUAUGUAAAAACACGUACAGCAAUUGAUGACCUAAGCUAUGGUAUUGAAUGUAUUCAUCAGAGAAUGCCGACAAGACCACCACCAACAAUGGGUCCAAUUACAACAGAAAAUCCACCAUAUAUUCAUAAUUCUCAUCAUCAUGGUGUUGGUUCAAUAGUGGCAGGCAUUAUGAUACCGAUAUUUUUAUUGAUUGGAAUAAUGUUUGGAUAUUAUAGAUAUCGAAGUUCAUAUCGACAUGAUCAAUCAAAUCGAACGUUUGUCACAAUGUUUAUAAGCUCAAAAGAUUCGGUUCAAUUGGUCGAAUAAUUUUUUUUUUUGAUUUGCCUCUUUAUUAUAUUAUUAUAAUCAUCAUCAUUAUUAAAAAUUAAA